AACACCACAUUACAGCAAAGCAAAAACUGGACAAUACUGACUUCAAACCAGCCAUCCCAAAGCAAAGUCAAGUGCAAAAUCCAGCUGAACUAACUAAUAUUUAGCAACCCACUGAGUAAAGGAAACAACUGAAUGAUGAGUGCUGCUCAGAGUCAAACAACACUGGAGUCCAAACUGGAGGCCCUGCAGUGCCACUUCACCUGGGAUCUGGACCCUAAAAGGUCCAAACUUUUCCGCCUCAGGGACAAUCUGGAGGACAUCGGCACCGAGGAGGGAAACAGCUGGCUGGGUCACAUUUACAACCUGCGUGGGUUCAUUCAGUACAAGCUGGGGUUUAAAGAAGACGCCCAGCGUUUGUUCAGCAAGGCUGCAGAGGCCUUCCGCCAGAUGAGAAAUGCAGAUGAAGGUCCCUGGUUAGUGGUGAACUAUGGGAACCUGGCCUGGCUGCACCACCACCUGGGAGAACAAGCAGAGAGUCAGGCUUACCUGUCAAAGGUCGAUGCCCUGAUCAAUAAAUACCCAUCUCCAUCCCAGGAUGAGCUCCAUCCGGAGAUCUGUGCUGAAAAAGCCUGGACCCUGAUGAAGUUCAGCGCAGAACAAAAGCAGCUGGCUGCAGAUUACUUUGAGACAGCCAUCAGGAUGCAGCCAGGCAUGGUGGAGUGGAACACCAGCCAUGUCUUAGGGUUAGUGGGUGCUUUCAAGCACAGUGAAACAGGGCUGGAGGCUGACAUCUUGGAGAAGAUGAGACUGGCCAAGGAGCAGGAUCCAGAGAACUUGUACCUCGCUGUUCACUACCUUGAGCAAUGUGCUAAGAAAGGAGACAGAAUUGAAGAUGAAGCACGUGAGUUGGCCAUAAGGGUUUUGAGAAAUCCUGUCAGCAGCUACAGCGGUAUAAAAGGGUUAUUACGAGUUUACAGACACUAUGUAUCUAUUGAUGAGGCCAUUGAUUUGGCAGAGGAGGCUCUGGAAAACCAUCCAGAUGAGCGUUAUCUGAAGAGAUGUGCUGCAAUCUGCUACAAAUGGAAGAUCUACAGGGACAGUCGCCCAAAGCAAAGCAUGAUAGACAGAGCAAUCAGUCUCCUUAAGGACGUGAUUUCUCUUUACCCUCAUUCUUCACUUGUGAAGAAAACAGACCUUGCAAAUAUUUAUGUAAAGUCAAAUAAAGACCAGGCUAAAGCUGAGCAGAUAUACAAUGAACUACUUAACCAUCACUUAAAAAGUGAUGUGGAACCUGCAGACAAACAGUUGAUUUACAACCGCUACGCAAAGUAUUUAUACUUCAAUCAACAGGAUAGGAAGGGGUCAAUAAAGUAUCACAUUAAAGCAGCAGAAAUACCACACCGAUCCUCCGUGCGUGACAACAGCAUUACAAUUCUGAGGAAGAAUAAAGACAAAAGCGGAAUGUGCAGAGAAAUAGAAGAAUGUCUGGUAAACCUGCAAGAGCCAUAGGGCCGGAUCUACUAAGAUCCCAAUUUGCGUGUACUAAUUUGCCUGCGCAAUCUAGAAUUUUGCGUGUGGGGCUGAACUGCGGUUUGCGGGUGAUUUACUAAGAGUGCUUGCGCAAAUGACAAGAGGUGCAAACGUGUUGGAGACACCCUAUUUAAAUGGGGGUUUUGCGUGUUGUAUGGUUUGCAGCAUGGCGAGUUUGGAGAGAAAGCGCAAAGUGAAAUUCGAACCUAUGGAAUUAGAGGUGUUGGUAGAUGAGGACAAUAAACACUUAAAUGAGCUACAGCAAAGAAACUAUAUGGGAAGAAAUCUGUGACCAACAGCCAGGGACCGGAGAGGGAGGAGAGGUGCGCACGGCGGGCAAGUUCCACUUGCGUAAAAGGAAACACAAAAAAUACACUCAACUGUCACGUUUAAGUUUUCUUAUAUUGGCUGUGAAUAUUCAUUUUGUGUAAAAUGGGCUAUACUUCGCUGCUGCUGCUGCGCCGUGUCUCCAGUUGAAAGUGACUUUGCUAAAUACAUUCUACAAUAAUAGAUUAGAUUAAUUUUUGGUCUUUAAUAUUGAUAUUGAAUAAAAGAAAUUAACACCGAAAUAAUUAGUGGAAACUUUUUUUUAUUGAUACUCCUCCUCCCUGACACACACACACACACACACACACACACACACACACACACACACACACACACACACACACAUUGAACUCGCGAUUGAAUGAAUGAAUGAACAUUGGAAGCGGUUCAGCCGCAGUCCCGCCGGCUGGCGCGGUAACUGUUGAGAUUACAUUCGUUUAUUAUUAAUAACAAAAUGUUUUUUUAUUGACCGUAUGAAUGGUUUUGUUUUCAAAUAAAUAUUUGGAAACGAAAAUGUAUGCUUUGGUGUACUUUUACAGAGUCUUGCAAUAUGUAUAUAGCCAUCUGCAUGUAUCAAAAUGUAUAAUUUCCGCUGCUGCGGUCGGAGGUAUAAAUGCUCAGAAGUCUAGUGUGUUUCAUUUUUGUAACUUAAAGGCUUCAGAAAACAUACAUACACAUACACAUUUUUAGGAAAAUACAUAGGAAGAGAAGCUUGUAGGUUUUAUCUAAACAGAGUUACUUGCAUUAUAAAACCCCAGACGGUCUGUCAGACAGUGGUGGCGGUUGAUUGUUUCCACAUUCAUUCCAAAAAUGUUCACACAAGGGUGAAACAUAGGUUCUCUGCAUCUUCUUUCAUCGUUUCGAUGUCUCCUUCUUGCAACAAUAACCGCAGCCAUGUGUGCGCAAUUUCGCAUACAAACCGUUUGCACCUCCCUUUGGCACGUGUUAAAUAUAGACGCAGUUUCUAUGAGCAAAAUUGCUUUCAGGUUUGAUAAAUCACUUUGCGUGUGCUAAAUUAAUAUAUUUACAUUUUCUCCUCCCAGCACACGCACAAUUGUGUGUAAACGCCCCAUAGUGAAUAUUCAUUGCAGCAAACGUACUAACUGGAUGCAGACACGCUAUUUUGCAGCUUUGAAAGACGCAACCCUUAGUGCGCACUGUUAGUAAAUCAGUUUGUACAUUUUUUUGCAUGUGCAAUGAGUUUGCACACGUUUUUAUUCACGCAAACCUUUAGUAGAUCUGGCCCAUAGUGUUUUUAAAAGCACUGGUUCGAAUUCCAGAAAAAUUGCAGGUAAUUCAUAAGUAAAAAUAAUCUGUACCUACAUUAUUGUUAUUAUACUCAUUAGGAAAAAUGUUUUGUUUUUUCUGUUAGUCGGGUGGUGAAACAUUACUCUGAACAUGUAAUUCAUGAUUAACUCAUUAGUGAUUUCAUGGCUUACACAAAGAAAAAAAGGUCAAUUCUGUCUCUGCACUCUAGCACAGCUAAUGGAAGACAGAGGCUGUUUAAAAUAUAUAAAAACCUAUACACUGUUAUUGAAAAGUAAAUUACAUUUAAUUAAAGUAGAUUUGAUCAGGUGUUUUCUUUUACUUACAUAAUCAUGGUGUUUAUUAUAUCACUGAUGUGUUAUUUUCCCCCCCUUUGCACUGUAUUUUAAGUUUGUGUAAGAACAUAAUACACUAUAUGUAAACUGCUUUGCUAUAUGCUUAGGUGUAGUAAAAAGUAUGACUCUGAUUGGUAAUGUCAUUGUUAAUUUGUUGUAUAACCUGACUAUUAUUGCCAGAUGCAACUGAUUGUUUGUAUGCAUGUCAAG